CGGAUUGGAGUAGGGAGCUGUCGCUGAGUUCCGGAGGUCUCCCUCCUCACGCGUCCCGGCCUGCCGAAGUUUGGGAAUCAUCUAGUAGUGGUCCCGGAGUACCGACCGGAGCAGCCUCAUAGGGGCCUUCGUCCCGGAAGUCUUUUAGUUCAGGAGCGGAAACGGAAGCGAAUUACGAGAGCGCCUCGUGCGACAGCCUUUGCCCGGUGAGCCGGGCUCGGCGGCGGGACACGAGGGGUUAGAGUCAGGGGAGGACGAGGAGGGAGCCGGGGAUCGAUUGGUGCUGCCGGGCCGAGGCCGGAGGGGCCGAGCUCAGACAGCCUCGGGGGAAGGCGAGUGUUGGGCCUCAUGGCGGUCCGAGCCUCCUUCGAGAACAACUGCGAGAUCGGCUGCUUCGCCAAGCUCACCAACACCUAUUGCCUGGUAGCCAUCGGCGGCUCGGAGAACUUCUACAGUGUGUUUGAGGGCGAGCUUUCCGAGACCAUUCCAGUGGUACACGCUUCCAUCGCUGGCUGCAGGAUCAUUGGUCGCAUGUGUGUGGGAAACCGGCAUGGCCUUCUUGUGCCCAACAAUACUACAGACCAGGAGCUACAGCACAUCCGAAACAGUCUCCCUGACUCAGUGCAGAUCCGACGGGUAGAGGAACGACUCUCAGCACUCGGCAACGUUACCACCUGUAAUGACUAUGUAGCUCUUGUUCACCCCGACCUGGACAGGGAGACAGAAGAAAUUCUAGCUGAUGUACUGAAGGUCGAAGUCUUCAGACAGACAGUGGCUGACCAGGUGCUGGUGGGAAGCUACUGUGUUUUCAGCAAUCAGGGAGGGCUAGUGCACCCAAAGACUUCCAUUGAGGACCAAGAUGAAUUGUCCUCUCUUCUCCAGGUUCCACUGGUGGCUGGUACCGUGAACCGGGGAAGCGAGGUGAUUGCAGCUGGAAUGGUGGUCAACGAUUGGUGUGCCUUCUGUGGUCUGGACACAACUAGUACAGAGCUGUCAGUGGUAGAGAGUGUCUUCAAGCUGAACGAAGCCCGACCCAGCACCAUUGCUACCAAGAUGCGAGAUUCCCUUAUCGACAGUUUAACCUGAGAGAUUACCUGUUGCUCCUGUUGUUUGGCCUCUUGAAUAAGGAGUUUGGUUUCUGCUAGAGUUCCAGUAUGGUGUGAGGCCUUACAGAGAAAGUCUUAGCAUCUCUGCUUGGGAGCCUGGACCAUGGCUGUUGCAAGCAUAACAAAGCUUCCAAGACUGGUCUCCUGUAACUUCAUUUUUACUGUUAAAAAAAAAAAGCCCUUGAAUGAGUUCACCUUGGCUUUUUGAUCUCCACUGUCCAUUAAAAAGCAUUUGGACCGCUUGUUCUAUAUUUUCUUA